CGUUCAAAAAUCUUGAGAAUUGAUGGUAAAACCACUAUUCCAUCGCUCACUGGAAUACGUGUCCCGAAACAAAUAAAACCGAUGAAUCUGUUUCUCAUUUUCUCAACAGAACACUCUAAAACACAAUUCUCUCUUUUACCUCUCCUUCAAUUUCUCAGACAUGCAGAACGAUGACAAGGGCAACUCUACUUUCACACAGAUCCUCAUAGCCUCUGUCAUCGGCUUCAUCAUUGCUGCAUUGAUGCACUUUCGUUUUAGGAGGUGUCUGAAGAUUGUUCCACAUAUGAAGAUAACAGAUACUGGGCAGGUCAAGCUAGAGAGGUUCUCCCAUUAUGUAGCAAGGCAAAUAGGAUUUGCAGACAGAAGAGAAUGUCCUCAGCUCUGCAAGUUGGCCUCCGAUUAUGCCCGGAAAUCAGAAGGAUGUGAGGAGAAUAUCUAUACAUUCUUUGACACCGAAUUGGAUGGAGACUCUUUGUUUAUAAAGCUGGUGGAGGAGUUCGAGAGAUGCAUCAUCAGCUACUUUGCAUUCCACUGGAGCCACGCAGAUCUUAUGAUUAGUCAGAUUUUGGGAACUGAAGACCCAAAAAAGAAACUCAGGAGCCUUGUUAUGGCAGCAACAAGGCAACAGAGAUUUGAGAGGGUUACAAAGAACCUGAAGGUGGCCAGAGUAUUCAAUACCUUGGUGGAGGAGAUGAAAGUGAUCAGGCUUGCAGCAAAUGAUGAUUCAGAAUGUACGGAUGUGAUGGUUCCAGUCGCUCACAGCAAUAGAAGUCCAGUGCUACUCUUUAUGGGAGGUGGGAUGGGAGCAGGGAAAAGCACAGUGCUUAAGGACAUUCUGGCAGAGCCGCUCUGGUCAGGAGCAGCAGGAAACGCAGUGAUAAUUGAAGCAGAUGCCUUCAAAGAAUCAGAUGUCAUUUACAAAGCCCUUAGCUCCAGAGGCCACCAUGACAUGCUCCAGACUGCUGAACUGGUGCACCAGUCAUCUACCGAUGCAGCAUCAUCCCUCUUGGUGACAGCACUAAAUGAAGGGCGGGAUGUGAUAAUGGAUGGAACACUCUCCUGGGUACCCUUUGUUGUGCAGACGAUAACCAUGGCCAGGAACGUCCACCGCCGCCGUUACCGCAUGGGAGUUGGUUACAGGGUAGCGGAAGACGGAACUGUAACUGAAAACUACUGGGAACAGGUUGAAGAAGAACAAGAAAAAGUCGGGGGAAAAAAGAGAAAACCAUACAGGAUAGAGCUGGUUGGAGUUGUUUGUGAUGCUUAUCUAGCAGUUAUUAGAGGCAUAAGGAGAGCUAUCUUAACUAGAAGAGCUGUCAGGGUGAAGUCACAGUUGAAAUCCCACAAGAGAUUUGCAAAUGCAUUUACAACAUACUGCCAAUUGGUUGACAAUGCCAGGCUAUAUUGCACAAAUGCUUUGGAAGGCCCACCUAAGCUGAUAGGAUGGAAAGACAGAGAAAGGAAUUUGCUGGUUGAUCCAGAUGAGAUAAGCUGUUUAAAGGCAGUAGCCAUGUUGAAUGAUGAAGCGAACUCAAUAUCCGAACUAUACAAGUGCCCAAACCCAGCAUCGCAAGCUGGGUCAGUUUGGAAGGACAUUGUUUUGUCACCUUCAAGAAUGAAUAUUCAACAGGAGCUAAAGUAUUCCAUUAAGAGAAUUGAACAAUCAAAAUGA